UUAGUGGUGUUGUGUCUGACAGUGACUGCAGAUCUGGCGUCUGCGCAGCUGCUCGUGACGCGCGUCUGCAGGAGUGCGGCUCGAUGUGACGCACGCGGAGCUGCUGGUAAUGACACUGACGGCGCGGUCACGCACAGCAGGAAGUGUGCAUUGGUCACGUUUAAAGUGACGGAUCCAUAAUGUUCACCGGUGCAACUUUCCAAAGUCUUCUGUUGGUGGCGAUCUGUCUCGUAAGCUGGGCCGUCCCCACAGGAGAGACGGAUGGAGACCCCGGAACGCCCAGGAGACCUUCAUGGAGAAGAUCUGCUGAAGGACAGAUCACUGGGUUCAGACUCCUCCGGUCUAUCUCUCCCCAACACUUCCCUGACCAUCACACGGUCAUCUGCAGCGCAUGGAAACCAGGACAGACGCUCCCGGAUGGAUGAGCGACGGAACACAACGCCUCCGUCCUCCGGAGACUCUCAUGUCCCUCUGUCUCUGACGACGCCUCCUGCUGGAGAUCUGGAGAGAAGCUCGUCUGCGGAGGACAGAGGACCGACUCCUUCAGCUCUUCAGACAGACUCGUUCAGAGACUCCACGGCUGAAUCCGGACUGAGCUUCGGCUCCAGACUGCUGGACGCUCCGGAGACCUGGACGGAGGCCGAUCAUCUGCAGGCAGAGGAAGUGAGCGUCUUCCCUUCCUCUCAGGACGUCAGCACUGAGGCCACCAUGUCCUCCGAAGACCUUCCUUUGAUUUUUGAGCCGUUUGAGGACGUCACGGCACCCGGAGCAUCAUCCGGACCGUCUGUCGCCAUGACGCCAGCGGCCGUAACCGCGGGAGACCCAGAGCUGGAGCGGAUGGUGUCCAUGGAUACGGAUCACACUUCCUCUGACGUCCGUCUCUCAGGAAUGCUGGAGACGUCUGGAGUGACAGAGCCAAUCACAGAACCCCAUCCGGAAGCAGAGCAUUAUGGGACGACACAACCAGGUGAUGACGUCACACAGAGCUCCGUUACCCAUCAGCCUCUGACGGUCUCUGAGCGCGAAUCGAAAGAGGAGCCCGAUGAAGAUGAGGAGGAUGAGGAGCUGGACUCUGAUGAGGAGGAGAGCGAGGAGGACCUGACAGAGAGCGCCAUGGCACCGCCGUACAGCCUGAUCCCUCCUCCUCCAGUCUGGGUGCAGCGGAACCAGGGCCUGGUGCGGAGCUGGGUGGAGCUUAUAAGAGAGAAGGCUGGUUAUGUGUCGGGGAUGCUGGCUCCGGUCGGGAUUGGAAUAGCCGGGGCUCUUCUGCUGGUCGGCGCUCUGUACAGCAUCAGAGUGAUCCAUCGCAGGAGGAGGAACAGUUUCAAACACCAGAGGAGGAAGCCCCCCAGAGAAGUGCGCAGCGGCCCAGACAACGCCAUGCUGCUGGCCGACAGUUCAGAAGACGAGUUCUGAGGAGAAUCAUCCGUGCUUCAGUCCGGACACGAACAGCACAAACACUGAGGAGAUACAGGCAGUGCAUUCUUUCAGAAUCACAAUAAGACGCUUUGUCUUCAAGCAUUACACUCUUUUGAGAAACUGUAUGUAAAACAUUUAAAAUACUCAAAAACAGCAUUAUUUCAGUAUCACUGAGAUGCUAUUAUACGGUUUAAUAAUAUUUAGAGUCACUUUUUAUUUCUGUAUUUCUGUUUUCAUUAAUAUAUGUGUG